CGCUGGCCGGUUGUCAGUCUCAAACCGGUUUGGCUGUGACAGUGACCAGUGACUAGUGUUUAGUGUAUUGUUUCCAUGGAUUGUACUGUUUUGGAAAUGGAAGACAAGCCUUACAGUGUUGAUAGUUCCGACGAUAUCAAUAUCGAGGAAGAGGAAGACGAACAUAUUGAAGAAAGUCAUAGUUACCCACCAGACUUCCCAAUCGAAGCAUUAGUGAAGUUAGAACGUCCAUCGCCUCCAUUGCCCACACCACCACAUUCACCUACUGUCGAAACACCCCCCGCUAUUGUCGUAUCCCGACACCAACCCGCCUGGUCCCCACAGUAUCCACAAAACAGACCGAUGCAGAACCCAUAUCCUUACGACAAACAAACUCCCAGCUAUUCAUACCCUGGCGUUCCUUUCGUUCAACAACCCCAAGUCGCGUCAUUACCACCGUCGGCACCUUACCAUGCAAUGUUGGUUAACCAGUGGAUCAGAAACGCUGCCUUAUACCACCACUCAUUAAGAUAUCCUUCAAUGGCGCAAAGAAUGCCCGGCAGGAAUCCACCACCGCUAAGAGCACCAGGCGUUCCCGGAGCAAGACCGAAGAAGCAAUUCAUUUGCAAGUAUUGCAAUCGGCAAUUCACAAAGUCCUACAAUUUGCUCAUCCAUGAAAGAACACACACCGAUGAGAGACCAUACUCGUGUGAUAUAUGCGGGAAGGCCUUCAGAAGACAAGAUCAUCUCAGAGAUCACAGGUAUAUACAUUCAAAAGAGAAGCCGUUCAAGUGUACGGAGUGCGGGAAAGGUUUCUGCCAAUCGCGCACAUUGGCGGUGCAUAAAAUCUUACACAUGGAAGAAUCUCCUCACAAAUGUCCCGUUUGUAACAAGAGUUUUAAUCAAAGAUCAAACUUGAAAACUCACCUCUUGACGCACAGCGAGGCGAACAAGCAUCAUUUGGAGCAUCUGGAAGGCUGUCAAGAGGUGUCAUCAACGAGCCAAGUUUCAGAUAGCCCUCUGCUUGACCUCUCGCACAAACCCUCUCCUCCACCCCAAAAUUACCAGCACAAACUUCCAGUCUCGCCUGUCGAAGUCCCCAAAAGACCCUUAGGGUUUUCAAUAGAAGAUAUAAUGAAACGAUAGACACUUAGAUUAUUAGAAUUUUAGACUUAGCUGAAUCUAAGAUUACGAUAGAAGGAAUUUUUUAUGUACGAUUCCAUAUUUGUUGUUAGGCUCGUUACUAGAUAACUAUAGCAUUGUUUCCAACGCAUACGCUACUUUUAUGCAUAUGCUGCUAAUUCAUUAACUAAUUUUUAAUAAUUUAACCAAAGAUAUAUCUAUUUUUUCUAUUAAUCAAUAUCUGCUGUCUUUUUUUUCAUACGUCUAGUUCAAUCAAUGAUUCGACUUAAAUAUUCAUACAUUAAUAUUUAAUAGAUCGUAAUAAUUUGAUCUUCUUAUAAAGACUGAAAUUGUUUUAUUACUGUUAUGUUUUAUAGAUAUUUAUUUAUUGUGAUAGUUUUUUCUUAUUUAGAUUAGCGGUUAACUAAAGUUACCAAAAAGUAUUACCUUUGUAUUUAGGUACUUUACGUGGCUAUGACGUCUCAAAUUAUGUUCAAAGUAAUUCAAUUUUACCUAUUCUAGGUAUGUCUAGAUGUAGAUAGAUUAAUUUAUAUCUAAAAUUAAAUGUAUAUAUCUAUCGUUCCUUACAUGUAAAUAUUGUAUUUAAGAAUUAGUUGUAAGUUGAUGAGGCUAUCG